AUGUUUUCCUUGAAGAUUUUCGUCACGGUCACGACCCUUAUCGCCUCGUACGUCGCCGGUGCUAUCCUCUACGAGGAUGAUGACCCCGACCUGAUUCUCGCCGGCCAGGUCGAAACGCAGUUUGGUCUGGUAUCAUGGUUCAAAGACAACACCCCCACCGACAAAAGUGCCCCUGUCGACAAAACCCGGGAUCCCAUCCGCCGCGGCCCCAAGCUCCACAAACGCUGCGGUUCCAACACCGUAAUCUGCUCCGGCAAGCACGCCGCCGACGUACUCGUCUGCGAGACCCUAGUCCGGGGCGUCUUCCCCCUGCAAUCCGAAAUGAUCCCGGAGGACGACCACCGAUCCAUAUGCCUCGAGCAGGUCGGCAAGCGGUGCUGCAUCAACUGGUCCAAGAAUCCUCAGGGCGCCUUUUACCAGGACCUGAUCGACGCGGCCGAGAAGCAGCUCUACACCUGCCAGUUCCGCGGGCAGGUCUCGGCCAAGAGCAAGGACGUGCUGCUUGGCUAUGUCUGUGUGAACCAGUGCAUGGCUAGCUGGAACCAUUGCAGUGGGCCGGAGGAGGACAGUAGUUUCAAGGAUGGAACGGAUAAAGGGCAUGGUUCCGAAUAUGCAGAUCAUCCGGUGGUGGAGAUCUUGCCGUUGCCUAAACCACCUAGGUAG